CCGGUGAUCAUAGGAAGUUGGAAACCACAGUUGAAGUCACAAAUGUUGCAAGAGGAAGCUGUCAGUACAUCAUUAAAAAAGAACCAUUAACAUAAUCACAACAUGGCUGUUAAAAGUCAUAUAAGUCUGCUGGGACUCAUCAUGAUCUGCUCACCUCUCACAGGUACAACUGCAGAGACUCAUGUGUUCAGUAGUUCAGGUGAAAAUGUCACUCUGUCCUGUAUUAAUGCUCUUUCUGACUGCACCUCAACUACAUGGAUCUACAACAAUCAUAGUUCAUCAGCUGCAGUAGAACUGAUUAAUGGAGGAAUAAAGAAGAAAAACAUAGAGAGAGUUGAGAGACUGAGUCUGGGGUCUAACUGCUCUCUGAACAUCUAUAAAACAACAGAAGAUGAUCGUGGACAAUACACCUGCCAACAAUAUGUGAAUGGAAAAAAACAUGGAACUGAUAAACAUGUUUUUCUACAUGUUCUUCAUGUUUCAGCCUCUUCAUCAUCAUCACCACCACAGACUGAGAUAAAACCAGGCAGAUCUUUGACUCUCACCUGUCAAUUGUUUACACAUGAAGACUUUUGUGAUAAGUUGGUCGGUAUUGAGGAUCUUCAGCUGUCCUGGGUGAAUCAGGCUGAUGUUAAUCUACAGACAUACUCAAGAUAUAAGAUAUCACAAUCUAAAAAACGCUGUAUCAGCACUCUGACUACAACACUCCAGAAUAAAGACAACAACACAGAUUGGAGAUGUUUGGUUAAAAUGAAGAAUGAGAUUAAGACCUCAGCCAACUAUACUGUCAAGUUUAGCGGUCCAUCUGACCCAAAUUUAGCAGUCACCACCACAAACUAUGAGACAACAUCAACUAUAAAUGCACCAGAAACUGAAGGCAGUAAGAUUUGUGUGUCAUUAUACAGAGUGAUUAUAGUGAUUGUUGAGAUAACAGCAUUCGUUGCUCCUACUGUGAUUCUUCUUCAGAUCGUCUGUACAGAAAGAGCUGAAAUCAGAAGAAAGACUCAGUUCACCCUCUGAAGACAGAUAAUCACAAUUUCUAAAUACAACACCAUUUACAAAUAAUAAGCAAGUUAAGGGAAAUGUAUUUUUAUUGAUUUUUAUAGGAAUUUGCUUACAAAAUGAUUUUCCAGUAAUCCAUAUUGUAAUAAUGACUGCUUUAAAUAUAACACAGACCCAAAUAGGCUGUUUGCGUAAUCUUUUGUCAGCUCUGUGUAACCGCUGAGUUCAAUCUUGUGUCAUCUCUGUUAAUUCCUGUUUCAGUGAGUUUUAAUUUUGCAUAAUUACUGUUUAUUUUCCUACUAAAAUCUCUGAAUUUUAAAUACAGUGGUGUGAAAAAGUGAUGACCCCCUUCCUUAUUUUUUUGCAUGUCUGUCACACUUUAAUGUUUCAGAUCAUGAAACAAAUGUAAAUAUUAAUCAAAGAUAUCACAAGUAAACACAACAUGCAACAUGUUUCCGAACUUAAUAAAUCUC